UUCAAAACAACUCCACAGCAUUGAUUACAGAAACACCCAAAAAAAGAAAAACAGUAGAAGUUAUUAUUAAAAUGAAAGCGAAAUCAAGAAAUGGAGGUUUGUUUGCAAUGAUGGUUCUUGUUGUUUAUUGCUUCUUCGAGAAUAUGGCCAGGAUCUCGGUCGAGGUUUCGCCUUCUGAACCUGUUGGAAGUUAUCUACCUGGAAGUUUAUUUGCUCUCUACAACAAAGACAAGAUGCUAAAACCGUUCCCAUCUCAUAACGAGUAUCUCAAAAGAUUCAAUCUAGCCUCAGUGGAUGCUUGGCAAACAGUGAGAAGUAGCUGUAGAGAUGGUUUCAUCACUUUGAGCAUAAAAGCAAUGCAUUUCUUCGUCUCAAAGCUUAUGCAAUUCAGAUAUUCAAUAUCAACAGCAAUUCCAACGAGUCGCUCGGGGACUUCUCGAAUUAUUUUCUGGGUAACACUAACUCGAUCAGUUUCGUCCAUGGCCAACGACACAGUUCUAUGAUAUCUUUUUUUUUUCAUCUUGAUAGAUAAAGUGUGGUUUGGUGAUAUGUAUGUGAGCCAGUGAGCCUGUAAGGCUUUAACAGUGAGGUGACAUUAGAAAAUGCUUGUAACUAUAGAGGAAAACAUAUACUUGGUAGGGAAAAUUCCCAAAAAAAACACCAACUAUUUAAUAUUUGCCAGAAAAAAACAUGAAUUUUUUUCGUUGCCAAAAAAAUACGCAGACUAUUUUUUAGUUGAUAAAAAAUACACGAACUAUUAUUUUUUUCCAGUUUCUCCUCGUCUCCGUUACGACCGUUAACGGUAAUGUAACGGCGUUAUUAUUUUUGAAAAAAAUCCCAGAAAAAAACA